AUGGGAACGGGUACGGAGGAAUGGACUUCUAGGACUGAAACUGCUAAUGUGCUGCAUGAGCCAGGCAAUGUGGCACCGUCUUCCACUGAUUCUGGCUCGUCUGGGAACAUCAUAAUUGAUUUCUAUUGGGGUAUGGAACUCUAUCCUCGCAUUGGUAAAAACUUUGACAUUAAAGUUUUUACAAAUUGCAGAUUUGGAAUGAUGUCUUGGGCAGUUCUAGCUGUAACCUAUUGCAUAAAGCAGUAUGAAGUGAACGGCAAAGUGGCUGAUUCAAUGCUUGUUAAUACCAUAUUGAUGCUGGUGUAUGUUACUAAGUUUUUUUGGUGGGAAGCUGGAUACUGGAGCACAAUGGAUAUUGCACAUGAUCGAGCUGGUUUUUAUAUUUGCUGGGGAUGCCUUGUAUGGGUGCCUUCUAUAUAUACUUCUCCUGGCAUGUACCUGGUCAAUCAUCCCGUACACCUUGGAACUCAAGUAUAA